AGUUUCACGAACGGACACGCAUAGAUCAAUACGGUGCAAAAUCCCCUGUACAUUCGAUAACAUUCGCCCUUAUCGGUAGCCGGGUGCCGCGAGGUGCAAGGCUUGCGCGCGUACACUUGUUUACCUAUUUGACGGGUGUGAUCUGCUCGGCUCGAGUCUCUUUUUGGCCACCAAGAGUCCAUCAGUCCAAGAGGACAGCUCGCAAUGUCAAAACCACUGCUCUCUGACCUAAAGAAGUUUCGCUAUCAGAAGGCCUCUGCUAGGUCUGCUGUGGCUAGUACCAAUGCUGCAUCAUCACAGGAAAGCCAAGAGACAACAGUGUCCUGUACGAGCGGUAGUCAGCUGACCAGUCCGGAGAUCGGACGUCGUCGGAUCAGCUCCGGACACAGUCCGGACAGGGUCCCAUCGUCACCCUGUCCAUACUCACCCAUCGUCAGAGGGCGGACCUCGAAGCGUCGCCUGCUCAGUGACAGCAGUGAUGGGGAUGACGCGCCGCGCCAGGAGCAGCAGGCCGACGGCGCCGGGGACGCCCCCUGCUCACCAGCUCCGGCAGCGGACGACCCGGCCGCCAACACGGACAAAAUCGAGUCCGACCUGGCCUUCCUGCGAGAUGCCUUCCCCGACCAGGAUGAGAUGGAGCUGCAGGACUGUCUGGCGCAGCACGGCUGGCGGCUGGAUGACGCCAUGGCCGCGCUGGCCGACCGGGCCGAGAAGGCCGCCCGGCGCGCGCAGCUCGCCGCCCUGGCCACCGCCAAGGCAGCGCCCAAGCGGCGUCGUCUGGUGGUGAUGGAGUCGGACAGCAGUGACGAGGAGGAUGGCCGGCCGCGGCCCGCCGCCAACGGACACCGCCAGAACGGCGCCGCCAAACCCGCGACGAAUGGCGUAUCGAGGAAGCCGGCGGCGCCCAAGCCUCCCAAGCCGACCGUGUUUGCCGGCGGCGGCGACAGCGACGACGAGGACAUGGACUUUGAGGCCAAGUGUAUCGUCUACAUGAGUGACAGUGACGACGAGGACGACGACGAGCCGAGGGGUCCGCGGCGCACCGACACCCAGCAGCUGGCCUCGGACCGCCUGCUGGUCGUCGAGUACCUCUCCACCGCCACGGUCGACGAGCUGGCCUGCAUGGACGGCUGCAGCAAGAAAAAGGCCGAGCUCAUCGUCGGCCAGCGGCCCUACGCCAACUGGACAGACGCGCUGGCCAAGUUCUCCUGCGCCAAGGGCUUCACUCCGCAUAUGCUCAACUCGGCGCUGCGCGUUCUGCGCAUGCGCAACAUGCUGCGCCGCCUGCUGCAGCGCUGCGAGGAGAUCUCGCUAAAGCUGAAGGCCAGGGUAGCUGAGCUGAUCGAGGGCAGGGAGGACAGGGACAAGAUCACGGAGCAGCCCUCCAACCUCAACUCCGAGAUGCGUCUGUCGCCGUACCAGAUGAUCGGCCUCAGCUGGCUGAUCCUCAUGUACAAGGAGAGGCUGAACGCCGUACUGGCAGACGAGAUGGGUCUGGGUAAGACGGUGCAGGCCAUCUCGUUCCUGGCCUACCUGCAGCAGCAGAGUCCCAGUUGGAAGUACCUGGUGGUGGUGCCCUCCUCCACGCUCGACAACUGGCUGCGCGAGCUGUCUGUGUGGUGUCCGUCUCUGAUUGCGGUCGAGUACCGCGGCUCGAUGGAGAACCGGCGUCAGACGCGUCAGGAGGCGCUGCAGGACGACGGAUGGCACGUCAUGGUCACCACGUACAACAUUGUGGCAAGUGCGCCGGAAGACCGGGUUUUCUUCAAGAACCUCCACUUCAAGUACAUCGUGUUUGACGAGGCUCACAUGCUGAAGAAUAUGGCCUCGAAACGCUAUUCCAACCUUAUGAAGCUCAAGGGCGACCACCGGCUGCUGCUGACGGGCACGCCGCUGCAGAACAACCUGGUGGAGCUCAUGUCGCUGCUGGUGUUCGUCAUGCCGCACAUGUUCGGCAAGGUCCGCAAGUCGCUCCAGACCAUGUUCGAGAUCAUCCCGAAAGUGGGCCAGGAGAGCCGCUCAUCGUACGAGGCGGAGCGCAUCGAGGAGGCCAAGCAGAUCAUGUCGCCGUUCUUCCUGCGCCGCCUGAAGCGGGACGUGCUGCGCGACCUGCCCACCAAGCGGGAGGAGGUGCUGCGCGUCGCCAUGACGACCGCCCAGGCCGCCAAGUACCGCCAGCUCCGCGAAAACUACGUCAAAGAGGCCGCCGAAAAGCUGCGUGGCGACACCAAGGAGGCCUCCCAGAGCGGCGUCGGCAUGAUGAUGUGCAUGAGGAAGCUGGCCAACCACCCGGUGCUGAUGCGCUACUACUACGACGAGGAUAAGCUGCGGGAGAUAGCCAAGAAGUUUGCCGCCCUGCCCGACCACGAGCACAAGGAGGAGGCGCUGGUCUUCGAGGACCUCACCUACCUGAGCGACUUCGAGGUCCACAAGACAUGCAAACUGUACCCGCGACUACGGUGCUACCAGCUGCCGGACGAGCUGAUUCUCGAGUCGGGAAAGCUGGCCGAGCUGGACCGACUGCUGCCGCGGCUCCGCGCCGAGGGCAGCCGGGUGCUGCUCUUCAGCCAGUUCGUCAUCAUGCUGGAUGUGCUGGAGGCCUACCUGAGGAUCCGCGGCUACCGCUACUGCCGGCUGGACGGACAGACGGCCGUCACCGACCGGCUGCAGCUGAUCGACAAGUACAACAACGACCGGGACAUCUUCGUGUUCCUGUUGUCGACCCGCGCCGGCGGCCUGGGCAUCAACCUGACCUCUGCCAACGUGGUGAUCUUGCACGACGUCGACUUCAACCCGCACAACGACCGACAGGCGGAGGACCGGUGCCACCGCAUCGGGCAGACCAAGGAGGUGCAGGUGAUAAAGCUGAUCUGCGCCAACACCAUAGACGAGUGCAUGCUGCGCGUGGGCCAGGAGAAGCUCAGCCUGGACCGGGACAUCAGCGGCGCGCCCGUGGGCUCCGAGGACCAGUCGGAGGACCCGAAGGACGUGCGGCAUCUGCUGGCACUGGCGCUGGAGUGUGGCGACUAACGACACCGUCAUCUAGGACUGAAUUAUUCACUCCAGCGCCGGAGGUGGUGCCGUGUGCACAGACGUCCAAUCGCAGUCUCUCUCGCCAUACGGACCAAACGCCGGCGAACAGUGAGGCCGUCCCAGCAGUGUCUUGGGUGUCAUCUGGCUGCGUCUCGGCCAUGGCUCGAUUGCGGUUCACAGCAGUCACCGUCCCUCUCAUGGCACUUUGCCGGGAGUAUAUAGAGGAAUCGCGCCUCAGUGUUGCGAUAUUCUCGUUGGACGGUCGGAGUCGGCCCUCGGCGGGUGGUUCAGCCGAGAACGGUCCCCCCGCGGGUGGUUCCAUGUGACGAUGAGCCCUUCCCGUCGAUGGCACUGUGAGGGGCCGCGAGUGGCCCUGUAUGUAGCGGGUAGAUAUGUUCAGACUGGAGCAGCGUCGGCUGCAACCGAUUGCCAAUGCUCUGCCGUUAAUGGGGAGCGAGUCAGCGACAGCCCCACUCGACACUCUUGUGUCGCGGGUCUGCAGUCAAGCACCACAGCGAGUGGUUGCAUGAAACGGAUUGCGUAGACUUGCUGUUGCUUGUUGGCUGUUUUGUGCCGCCUGGCUCAGUCGUUCCAUUUUUUUCCGCCAGAAUCGCGGAGGGAUUUCCAUAUGGUGUUUUUCGGUAAAUGCUCACUGCAUAUUCUUCUACACCUGUUUCGUGUCUCGCGUUGUUCGUCGCCUUGUCGCGUUAUUUAUGAACAGCAUUGUCCGUCGCCGGCUCCUGUCGUAAGCCUUUUGUGUGAUGUGCCACGCUUACUCCGACCGCGUGACUAGUGUCAUUGGUUUCUAAAGCUAGUUUCUGUCGAUCUCGAUUCUCGACCAUAGAUCAUCGUAUUUUUGCACCAGACUCGCGUGAACAGCUCAUUGGGAAUGACUACUAGACUGGAUUCCGACUUGCGGUCGGACAUGUGAUAAAAUCAUAAUACAGAAUAUAGUAUUUUGUGGAUAA